UUGUUUAUAUUUAUUUUAUACACCCCUUUUAAAACAGUGUAUUUAGUAACCCUAGUUUAAUUUAAAAAUUUAAAGACUAUUAGAAAAAUAUAUUUUGACUAUGUCUGAUUUUUUAGCCGAUAAUAACUCAUGUGGCCAAGUAAUAUUAAAUUUAGUGUCCAGGGGAAAUGCAAUAAUUUCGGAAUUAUUGAGACUUAAAGACUACAUUCCCAAUAUUUAUAGGUUGGAAUCUAAACAAGAUGUACAGAAAUACAGUGAUAUAAUUUUAGACUUUAAUUAUUUUAAGAUUUCAGAGAGUCAUGAACAGAAAAUCGAAGCCAACGAGGCACUUCGAGAUUUGGAUGAAGAAUUUAGGGAUAAUCACAUAGAGAUCAUAAAACGUUUUUACCUAGUUUUUGAGGGUAUACACGCAUAUAUCACUGAUCUUAAUCACUUUAUUGAUGAAUUGAAUGAAGGAAUGUACAUUCAUCAAACUUUAGAAAAUGUUUUUACUGAUAUAGAAGGCAAGCAAGUGAUGUGUGAAGCUCUAUAUUUGUAUGGACUUAUGUUGAUAAUAGUAGAUGCUUACAUAGAAGGAGUUGUCAGGGAACGAUUACUAGUAUCUUAUUAUAGAUAUGCACCUCAAAGACAAGAUACAAAAAGUUGUAUAGACGAGGUUUGUAAGUUGUUGCGUGAUACUGGAUAUGCAGGUGCGAAAAAACCUUCUACAUAUCCUGAAGACUAUUUCAAGAGAAUCUUCAUAAAACCAACCUAUAUUGACUAUGCAAUUGGCUGUUUGAGAUCAGAUGAUAUUUACAGCCAAGUUUCAGUAUAUCCUCUACCCAAACACAGAAGUACAGCAUUAGCGAAUCAAGCUUCCAUGCUAUAUGUCUGCCUUUUCUUUUCAACUGAUAUUCUCCACUUCCAGACUGCAGUGAUGAGAGAAAUUGUAGAUAAGUUUUUCCCUGACAACUGGACAAUAUCCUUGUAUAUGGGUUACACUGUUAACUUAAUAGUUUCUUGGGAUGCUUUUAAAGCUGCUAAAUCUGCAUUAAACAAUACUUUGGAAGUUACUAAUGUUAAAAGUUAUGCCUCAACUUAUGGAUCAAAUGUUCCAAACCUCUUGAAGAAAACAAGUCUCCUGCUUAAAGAAGGCAACAUCACCAGCGAAAAUCUACUAAAAGACAUAAACAACCUCAUCACAACCAUAAGAGAGUGCAAUGUAACUCUUAGGUGGUUAAUGCUCCAUACUGUACUAAAACGUGGCCAAACAGAUAGGUUAAAAAGAUCGAAACAACUCACAGAAUUGGUCAUUACAGAGGCGAAGUGUGAACGUGAACUACUUUUCAGACUUCUGUUGAAUACUGCACAGCUGGAAUUGGUGGUAAGAGAUUUGUAUAAACAGCUUUUAACAAACAAAGAGACUCAGUGGGAGGAACUGAAGACUGAAACCAACACUAGCUUGCUGGAGUUGUCUGAAGUGUUUGGUGGGUCAAAACCGUUAACUAGAAUUCCUAAAAAUGAAAAGCUGCAGUUAUGGUUUGUAGAGAUUUCCAAGGAAGUACAGUCUUUAUCCCAAGAAAAUAGUAGCUCGUCUCGAAAAAUAGUGCUGUUGAUACAAGCCCUGGAAGAGGUACAGGAAUUCCACCAACUGGAUAACAACAUGCAGGUUAUCCAAUUCCUUUCAGAAACCAGGAAAUAUCUGGAUCAGAUGGCCAGAACGAUGACGAUAAAAGAAGAUAUUUUGAUCAAUUUACAAAUAAUAGGAGAUCUCAGUUAUGCUUGGGAACUCAUUAACGAGUAUACCAACAUUAUGCAAUUAGGUAUCAGAAGAGAACCAACCCUCGUCAUUAAAAUGCGAGCGGUAUUUUUAAAACUUUCUUCUGCUCUGGAGAUCCCCCUGCUUCGAAUCAACCAAGCCCACAGCGAAGACCUGAUAUCAGUGUCACAAUACUACAGCAAAGAGCUGGAAAUCUAUGUACGAAAUGUACUGCACAUUAUCCCUAGUAUGAUGUUCGAAAAAUUAGCUAGAAUCAUCGAGAUGCAGACGACUGUAUUGAAAGAAUUGCCUACCAGAGUUGAUAAGGACAAAAUCAAAGAUUAUACUCAGCUAGACGAAAGAUUUGAGUUUGCCGAAUUGACCAAUUCGAUUUCAGUAUUCAGCCAAGGUAUGAGGAUGAUGAAAAGUACUCUAGUGGGUGUCGUACGCUUGGAUCCAAAGCAGUUACUAGAAGAUGGAAUACGAAAGGAAUUGGUCCAGCAUAUUUCAAAGGCUUUGCACGAUGUGUUGAUAUUCAGUCCAAAAGCGAAAUACGAAGAACUUGAUCAGAAACUGAAGAAUUUGGUGAGAAUCAUGGAUGGGUACAAAAGAUCUUUCGAAUAUAUCCAGGAUUACAUAAACGUAAAUGGUUUAAAAAUAUGGCAAGAGGAAGUUACCCGAAUUAUCAAUUACAACGUAGAACAAGAAUGUAAUGGAUUUUUACGGUUCAAGGUUCAUCCCUGGCAGAGCGUUUACCAGAAUAGAUACGUGCCGAUACCGAUUUUUCCAUCGAUAGAUCAGAGCGUCAAUUUCAUCGGCCGACUUGCGAGAGAAGUCAUAAGACUGACAGAUCCUAGAUCAUCAGUGUAUUUGGACACUACAGUGACUUGGUAUGAAAACAAAACUCAUAAACAAAUUAUAAACAAACAGACUAUCGCUUCCAUCGCUUCGGCUAUUGAGAUAGCAGGAUUAGUCGGCUUGGAUCGGCUAUUUUCGUUCAUGAUUGUUAAUGCACUUCAAAAGCUUAUAGGAUAUUUCGAAAACAAAAACGUAAAAAUUGCAUCCUGGACCAACAUAAUUUCGUCAAUACAAAAGGAAAUGAAGCAGUCAGAAGAAUUUGUCAAUCCUUUGAAAAUAUACCAAACGUACGUUAAUCGUUGUACUAAAAUUUGGGGUGAUUUUCUAGAAAACAUUUUGUUGGUCGGCCAGUUACAAUUGCUCAGAAACCUCAUAGCUUUCUAUUUGAACACUUCGUGUAAAUUCAACGCCAAAAACUUGGAAUUUUCAUUGCGAUCGUUGGAUAAGGCUCUUCUCAUGGAUAUACAGAACGAUAGGCACCAUCCUAGUGAAAAUCUUCUCGAAUCGCUCUCCACUUACUUCGAUUACGCUGGUUUGUAUCAACCGUUCAACAAAAUCUAUACGACGUCAGCUAACAACCUGGAUCAUUCUGUCACGAUGUUCAUAUUCGUAAUAUCACAUUUGCACAAGUUGUUUUUACCACAAAACGCAGGAAAUGUUAAUAAAAGAGCCCAAGAUCAAAUAGACGGAAUAGCCUUUUCAGUUGGUGUCCAUACGACUCUGAGGCAGUUUCAUUCUUACUUGAACAGAGAAUUUAUAAGGCAUUUGAGCAACUAUACUUUACAGUUGACUAAACAUAACAGCAGCCUAAAAGCAACUGAUCUUCUACCCGAAGUUAGUAUAGCAUUAAAGUUUAUGGAAAGCUAUACAAAUUACUCAGAAGAAACCAGAAAAUUUUACAGGGAAUCUUUACCACCAGAAAUACUUCACAUCCAACAGACUUUAUGUCCAACAACAUCUUAGUGAUGAUAUUUAUAAUAGUAUUAGCUAAAUACAGUAUCGAAAUGUUAAUAGGUAUUGUAAAAUAACUGUUUAUAUAUUUAAAAUAAUCUAUUUUAUAUUAUUGUUAUAAAAUUAUUAUGAAUUGUUUUGUGCAAAUAUAUCUCAUUAGGUUUUUA